AUGGCGUCUAGUAUUGUGGGGCCCAACUUAUCCAAAUCGGAAUUUCCUGGUGAAGGCUCAGACUCAGAUACCAUUUUUACCGGUAGUGACUAUGAGCGUGAGCGGGAGAAUCUUAGGAAUGCCAACCACCAAGGCUUGACGCAACCGAGAGGAGGCGUUGAUGUGCAGCAGGCAGAAGAACAAUUCGCUGUUUUGAGCAAGGAGCUUUCUAAAAUCUCAGAGAAAUCAAAGCAACCCUUGGCCCUUGACCAAAACCGCACAAAGGAGAAGGGCUCCUACGAUAUUGAAGGCGCUUCUGACGGCGAUGAAAAGUUUGAUCUUGAGACUGCCCUUCGUGGCUCUCGAGACGCAGAGGCAGCUGCUGGAAUACGGCCAAAGAGAAUCGGUGUUAUCUGGGAUGGCCUCACUGUCCGCGGCAUGGGUGGAGUAAAGUAUACCGUACCUACGUUUCCUGAUGCAGUCAUUGGCUUUUUCAACGUACCGGCCACCAUAUACAGAUGGUUGGGUUUCGGGAAGAAAGGACAGGAAAUUGAAAUUCUUAAAGACUUCAAAGGCGUGGCUAAGCCAGGCGAGAUGGUCCUGGUCCUUGGAAAACCUUCUUCAGGCUGUACGACUUUCUUAAAGGUUAUAGCAAAUCAGAGAUUUGGAUAUACUGGUAUCGACGGAGAGGUUCUCUACGGCCCAUUUGAUUCAGAUAAGUUUGCAAAGAAUUACCGCGGAGAAGCUGUCUACAAUCAAGAAGAUGACAUCCACCAUCCCUCGCUCACUGUUGGACAAACCCUUAGCUUUGCGCUGGACACAAAAACCCCGGGGAAGCGUCCAGCAGGCCUAUCAAAGGCUGAAUUCAAGAAGAAGGUCAUCGACCUCCUCCUCAGAAUGUUCAACAUCGAACACACCAUCAACACUGUGGUUGGUAACCAGUUUAUUCGAGGGGUUUCCGGUGGUGAGAGAAAACGCGUUAGUAUCGCCGAAAUGAUGGUCACCGCUGCCACCGUUCUAGCGUGGGAUAACACUACCCGUGGGCUGGAUGCCUCCACUGCCCUGGAUUUCGCCAAGUCGCUUCGGAUCAUGACCAACAUAUACGAGACAACCACCUUCGUCUCGUUGUACCAAGCAUCCGAGAAUAUCUAUAACCAGUUUGACAAAGUAAUGGUUUUGGAUCAAGGCCGUCAAGUCUUCUUUGGCCCUAUUGAUGAAGCCCGUGCUUACUUCGAAGCCUUAGGCUUCAAGGAAAAACCACGUCAAACCACCCCUGAUUAUCUCACAGGUUGUACUGACCCCUUUGAAAGAGAAUACAAAGAUGGGAGAAACGAAACCAACGCUCCAUCUACCCCCGCUGAAUUGGUCAAGGCCUUUAAUGACUCACGAUUCAGUAAAUCUUUGGAUGAUGAGUUGGCUUUUUACCGUGCUAAACUUGAGGAGGAGAAAUAUAUCCAAGAAGACUUCGAAAUUGCCCAUCGUGAAGCCAAACGAAAAUUCACAUCAAAGUCCUCUGUCUACUCUGUACCGUUUUAUCUCCAGGUGUAUGCUCUGAUGAACCGACAGUUCUUGAUUAAAUGGCAGGACAAGUUCUCCCUUAGUGUCUCAUGGAUUACCUCAAUCUCUAUAGCUAUUAUUAUCGGAACGGUCUGGCUGAAGCUCCCAGAGACUAGUGCUGGUGCUUUUACGCGAGGAGGCCUCCUUUUUGUCGCUUUGCUCUUCAACGCCUUUCAAGCAUUCGGCGAGCUUGCAUCGACCAUGUUGGGGCGCCCUAUCAUCAACAAACAACGUGCCUUUACGUUUUACCGCCCCAGUGCUCUAUGGAUUGCGCAAGUGGUAGUUGACACGGCUUUCUCCUCGGCUCAGAUUUUAGUCUUCAGCAUUAUUGUCUAUUUUAUGUGUGGUCUUGUGUUAGAUGCAGGGGCAUUCUUCACCUUCGUCCUUAUAGUCAUCACGGGAUAUCUUGCUAUGACGCUAUUCUUCCGUACCGUUGGUUGCCUCUGUCCCGAUUUCGAUUAUGCCCUAAAAGGUGUCUCAGUGCUGAUCUCAUUUUAUGUCCUCACAUCUGGCUACUUGAUUCAAUGGCAUAGUCAGCAAGUUUGGCUUCGAUGGAUUUUCUACAUCAACCCCUUGGGUCUUGGAUUCUCAUCUAUGAUGAUCAACGAAUUCAGCCGCGUCAAUAUGACAUGUGAGGCAGAUUCACUUAUUCCAGCUGGUCCAGGGUAUUCAGAUAUUGCACAUCAAGUUUGCACUUUGCCUGGCGGUAGUCCAGGGUCAACAAUUAUCCUGGGAUCUAGUUAUCUGAGCUUGGCAUUCAACUAUCAAACUGCUGAUCAAUGGAAAAACUGGGGAAUAAUCGUUGUUUUAAUUGUUGCAUUUCUGUCGGCCAACGCUUUCCUUGGUGAGGUUCUCACAUUUGGGGCUGGUGGAAAGACUGUCACUUUCUUUGCCAAAGAAUCAAAAGAUCUCAAGGAGCUAAAUGAAAAGUUGAUGAAAAAGAAAGAGAACCGACAACAAAAGCGAGGUGAUAAUAUUGGGACAGACCUUCAGGUUACAUCAAAGGCUGUCUUAACCUGGGAGGAUCUCUGCUACGAUGUACCUGUUCCUGGAGGUACACGGCGCCUUCUAAACAGCGUUUACGGAUAUGUCGAGCCGGGGAAACUUACUGCCCUCAUGGGUGCAAGUGGUGCUGGUAAAACAACUCUGCUUGAUGUGCUAGCUUCACGGAAAAACAUUGGAGUUAUUACUGGUAAUGUUCUUGUCGAUGGCCGUCCAAGAGGCACUGCGUUCCAGCGUGGUACAUCAUAUGCUGAGCAACUAGAUGUGCAUGAAUCUACCCAGACUGUGCGUGAGGCCCUCCGGUUCUCUGCAACCCUCCGCCAGCCAUACGCGACUGCAGAGUCUGAAAAAUUCGCGUACGUCGAAGAAAUAAUUUCACUCCUUGAGUUGGAAAACCUAGCAGAUGCCAUAAUUGGUAGCCCAGAAACUGGCCUGUCAGUCGAAGAGCGAAAACGAGUAACCAUUGGGGUGGAGCUGGCGGCGAAACCACAGCUUCUGUUGUUCCUUGACGAGCCCACUUCUGGCCUUGACAGCCAGUCGGCAUUUAAUAUCGUUCGAUUCCUUCGAAAACUUGCCGCCGCUGGACAAGCCAUCCUUUGCACCAUUCAUCAACCCAACUCUGCUCUGUUUGAAAAUUUUGACCGUCUUCUUUUGCUCCAGCGUGGUGGUGAGUGUGUGUAUUUCGGCGACAUCGGCAAAGAUGCUAGUACUUUGAUUGACUACUUCCACAGAAAUGGCGCUGAGUGUCCCCCUAAGGCGAACCCUGCUGAAUGGAUGCUUGAUGCAAUUGGCGCCGGCCAAGCUCCCCGCAUUGGCAAUAGAGAUUGGGGUGACAUAUGGCGCACAUCCCCAGAGCUAGCGAAUGUUAAGACCGAUAUUGUUGACACGAAGUCAAAUCGAAUUCGAACGAUUGAAGACCAAGCAGUAGAUCCAGAGUCUGAGAAAGAAUAUGCAACACCGUUAUGGCAUCAGAUAAAAGUUGUAUGCCAUCGCAUGAACUUGGCAUUCUGGAGGUCGCCCAAUUACGGCUUCACUCGUCUUUAUAGUCAUGUUGCGGUUGCUCUAAUUACUGGGUUAUCGUUCCUGAAUUUGAAUAAUUCUAGAACGUCGCUGCAAUAUCGAGUUUUUGUCGUUUUUCAAGUCACCGUCUUACCAGCCUUGAUUUUAGCCCAGGUGGAGCCCAAAUAUGACUUGUCCCGUCUGAUUUUCUAUCGAGAAUCAGCAGCCAAAGCCUACCGACAAUUUCCAUUCGCUUUGGCAAUGGUACUUGCUGAACUCCCUUAUAGUAUAAUUUGUGCAGUGUGCUUUUACCUGCCCCUGUACUAUAUGCCUGGUCUCACUGGCGAUUCAAACCGGGCAGGAUAUCAAUUCUUCAUGGUCCUAAUCACCGAGAUAUUCUCGGUAACAUUGGGACAGGUGAUUUCGGCGUUGACGCCCAGCACAUUUACCGCCGUCCUUCUCAACCCUCCAAUCAUAGUCAUCUUUGUAUUACUAUGCGGAGUUGCGAUACCGAAGCCUCAAAUCCCUAAAUUCUGGCGUGUGUGGCUCCAUGAACUGGACCCUUUUACACGACUUGUCAGUGGUAUGGUUGUAACUGAGCUUCACGGGCAGGAGGUCAAAUGCACGGGUUUAGAAUUGAAUCGGUUUACUGCGCCAGCUGGUGAAACCUGCGGCUCGUACAUGGAGAAAUUUUUCUCCAAUAAUGGACCUGGCUAUUUGGUUAACAAUGCCACUGACAUGUGUGAAUAUUGCGCUUACAAGGUUGGAGAUGAGUUUUACCGGGUUUUCGAGAUGUCAUUCGAUAACAGAUGGAGAGACUUGGGUAUUUUCGCUGCCUUUAUCGGAUCGAACUUGCUGCUACUAUUCAUAGGAUCCCGGUAUCUUAAUUUUAACCGCCGGUAA